AUGGCGACCGAAGACGCUGCGACGGUGCUUGAGCAGUUCAUCCAUGAUGUGGCGAACUUGCCGGCCGAGAUAACCCAUCUCUACGAAGAGGCGCAGGCCAAGGAUCAACAGAUUCAAGAGUUGAAGGCCCUCAUCGCUUCCCGAGAUGGCAGCCUACAAAAAUUCAUCAAGCUCAACGGACCUCUUGUCCAGAACCCGCAAGAAGAAAAAUACUCCAAACUCAUUAUACAAAGCUAUGAGAAGGCGCAGAUUCUGCAGGAGGAGAAGAUUGGGCUGGUUGAGAAGGCAGCCGCCCUUAUGGAUCGUCAUGUCAAAAGGUUAGACAUCAAGUUGCGGGACCUGCAAAAUGACGGCUCGAUCCCGACAGACCCCCAGAUGGCAUCACUGUUGAGGGAUUCUCCCGGCAACUUGGUUCCACUGUCAUCACUCGCCAAUACAGGUGCGAACACGCCGCUGCAGACAGUAUCUGGCAACCACGGACCGGGCAGUGCAAACCUCGCCCACGCGGCCAUUGCGCGAAUCGCCAAUGUAUCCAACCUCAACAGUAGGGCAAAUCCGAAUAUGCAGAACAUGACGGCACAGGCGUUGAUCAAUCAACAACGGCUCACAAAUCAACAGAGCGCUGCGCAAACAAGCGUACGACAGGAGCGUGAGUCGUCCGCCGGUAGCGACAGCAAACGCCGCCGCCCCGCACUCAACACUGGACCUCUCCCUGGACCACCUUCAGGGCUAGCACGGCAAUCGUCCAUUGGGCCGGGAACACCCAAACCCUCGACACCAGCAGGCUCGCGAGCGGGUAGCGUAGGGCCCAAACCGCAAAAGAAUGCUCUCACGGUGAAGAAGGCGAAGCCGCAACAACCGCUGCGCAAGGCAGCGCUCACAGCCAAAGCCGGCAUCAACAAGAAACGACGCAAGGGGGGCGGAUCACGGGCAUCCCCUUCGACCACGGCCGACGACGAGAGCGUGGCGAGCGAAGCGGGGACAGAAGACGAAGACAUGGGCGGAGCUGGGGGUGAAGGGGAAGAGGACGAGUCGGACGACACGAAGUACUGUUUCUGUCAGCGGGUUAGUUUUGGCGACAUGGUAGCAUGCGACAACGACAACUGCCAGUUCCAGUGGUUUCACUGGGAAUGUGUGGGCAUCAAGGAGGAGCCGGUAGGGGACUGGCUCUGCCCUGACUGCAAGAAGCAGCCGGCGAACAAGAUCAAGCGAGCGAGAUAG